AAUAAAAUCAUGCCCUUCCUCUACUCACAUCACAAGUCAAUGCAUUAACCAAUUGCUACUGUAGAUAUGGAACUUCCACAAAUUAAACAUGUCCACAAACCUCUCUCAGCACUUUUCUUUUUCUUACUUGCAAAUUUGUGUUCCUCUUUCCCUCCAGAACCUCAAGGCAAUAGACAAUGGCACAUGACUUCAGAUGUUAAUGAAGUAGCAGGAAAAUCCUAUGACUACAUUGUAGUUGGUGGAGGCACAUGUGGUUGUCCAUUAGCUGCUACCUUAUCAGAGAAAUUCUCUGUGCUACUGAUAGAAAGAGGUGGCUCACCAUAUGGAAAUCCAUUGGUGAUAGAUAAGAGACAUUAUGGUUUACCUUUACUUCUGACAGAUAAACACAAGUCAGUGGCACAAAGCUUCACCUCACAGGAUGGGGUUGGGAAUGUCAGAGGAAGAGUUCUUGGUGGAUCAUCAGCUAUAAAUGGAGGCCUUUAUAGUAGAGCAAGUGAGGAAUUUGUGAACAAAGCUGGUUGGGACAAGAAACUAGUUAAAGAAGCUUAUGAAUGGGUGGAAUCAAAGGUUGUUUUUCCCCCAUUUUUCCUCACCCCAUGGCAGUCUGUUGCUGAAUUCAGCCUUCUUGAAACAGGAAUUUUACCAUACAAUGGAUUCAGCUUGGAACAUGUCAAGGGAACAAAGAUUUCUGGGAGUAUUUUUGAUGAAUUUGGAAAGAGACACACUGCAGCUGAUAUACUAGAGGCUGGGAACCCAAAGAACCUCACAGUCCUCCUAAAUGCCACAGUAAAGAGUAUCAUCUUUCACCACAAUGGUGACAAGAAUGAAACCAAGGCUAAGGGUAUCAGAUUCAUCCAGAGUAAUGGCAGCUUACAUGAAACUCAUGAAGUAUAUAUCAGAGAAUCCAAGAAUUCAAGUUCAGGGGGUGAUGUCAUAUUAUCAGCAGGUGCAAUGGGUAGCCCUCAACUGCUGCUGCUAAGUGGCAUAGGACCAAAAGAACAACUGAAAAGAUUCAACAUUCCACUAGUACUUGACAUGAAAGGGGUUGGGCAAGGUAUGCAAGACAACCCUUGCAUAGCCAUCUUAGUGGAUUCCAAGCCACAGAAUAGGGUGCCUGAUCCACCUCAAAUUGCUGGCAUAACAGAUGAUUUCAAAAUCAUAGUUGAAGCAUCAAUACUUCCCUUAAGUAUCAAUGAAUCAAGGGUUAACAUUGCUGCAAAGGUAGCAAUGCCUUUUUCAAAAGGGGCACUAGAACUGAAUAACACAGACCCUAGGCUGAACCCUGCAGUGAAGUUCAACUAUCUAGCAAAUGAAAAUGAUAUGGAAGAAUGUGUCAAGAUGACCAAACUACUUUACCGAAUUGCAAGGUCCAAGUCCAUUGCAUUUUUCCUUGGCGAGUCAAGGGAAAACAAAUUGACAUCCAGUGAGGUUGAUCUGAGAAAAUUUUGCAAGAAAAAUGUAAGAACUAUCUAUCAUUAUCAUGGAGGGUGCAGGGUCGGUUCAGUUGUUGAUAAGCAUUAUAAGGUUUAUGGUGUAAAGGGAUUGAGGGUAUUGGAUGGCUCAACAUUCUCAGAGUCACCAGGCACAAACCCUAUGGCCACUCUUCUUAUGCUAGGAAGGUACCAAGGAAUCAAGAUUCUCAGAGAAAAGGAGCAAAACACAAGAUGAACUUCCUUAUUACCUGUGUGCAAAAUCAGUGUGUGAAAAAAUAACCUAGCACUGCUUAGAGAGUCACAAUUCUACUUCUACAAUGUAUAAUCAUUUCAUUCCUGUCAACAAAUUUGUCACCUUAACUAGGAACCAGAAAAGGAGAAUAGCUUCAUGAUUCUCUCCUCUUCCUCAUUGGAAUCAAUGACAUUUC